AUGGGAUGUCUAGGUAGUCGUCCUUAGAAUGAGGAAAAGGCUUCAUCUGAUAGUUUGUAUCUGUUGUUGGAUUAAUUGACAGAGGGACAGUUUGUUGAGACCAUCAUCAUAUACACAUCUGUUUACAACUAUUGCUACAUCAAGCAGAGGAAGGAGUGGGUAUUAUAGAAGAGGAGAAUCAUAAAGAGUGCAGAUAAGUGGAUGCAAAGCAAUUUGGAAUCUAGAAAUUAUAUGCACUCAUUCUUGGAUUCACAUCCAUAAUCUAUUAUUUUAUUGAGGCCUCUUCGAAAUUUCAAACCAGCAAUCACUUAAGCAACUAUUCACACAACCCUAAUGAAAAAUGACUUCUUUCCCCAACAGAUUUUUGUAAAGUUUGUGGAUGUCAAACAAUCAUAAUUAAUCAAUUUUAGCAACAAUGGAAAAUACACUAUAUUUUUGCAAUUGUAAUUGUAUAAGUUGCAAAGUCUUAAGCAAUUCUAUAAAUUCUAAUAAAUCAUCACCAUUAAGUUAUCGAAAAUCUUUAAGUUUGCUCAAUAUGAGUUUUAUGGUUUGAUAAAUUGGACCUCAACACAUAAAUAUGUAGAUUUAUAAAAAUUUAUCAAUAAAUAUGGAUGGCAUAUGAAAUUCAUAGAUAUCAAUGAAAACGUGCCUGAACAUCAUUAGUAUUUCAAUUCAAAUCAAGUAUUUCACAUCGAAGAAUAAACCAAAGAAGAUAUAUUCAUCAUCAUUGAUCCAUAAGGCAAAGUAAUCAGAGCAGAAACACCUGAAUUUUACGUACCCAAAAAACCAGAUUAAAUCUGUGAAGAAUUUGAUGACGUUAGUUCUCAGAAAUCUAAGGCAAUUAAAUAUGAAAAGAAGUUACUGAAAGAAUUACACAUUCAUUAUUCAUCAUAUAUCAGUAAGAAUAAGCCAUAAACACCAAAACAUACAUUAACAAAAUAAUAGAUUUUGCAAUAACAAAUCUACCAAUCCAGUGAGACUAUCAGCUAUGUUUAAUAUAAGGAUUUCAAGUAAUUGUUUAAGAGUGGUCGCUUACCAUAGAUAUUAUCUAAAUAUCAUCCAGGAGAACCAUUUUAAUUUGAACUCAUUAAACAGAUCUAUUUUAAUUAUGAUUUUGAUGAACAAAAAUUCAAAGAAGUUACUAAAACAUACUUGUUACCUUCAAUAUAUCCUGCAGCAUCUAUUCAGAAAUAGAAAAUACUCACAGAAACUUGUAGAGAAUUAAAAGAAUCAAUUGGAUUGAGAUGGAAAGACCCUGAUUUAAACGUUUAUUCCAUUCCUCACACUUACACAUUCAAUAAAAUUGAUUUGAUGGAUUUCCUAUAGGAUUUCACGUAAUAGUUCCACUUCAAAUUGAAACUAUUUCUAAUUAAACGAAGAAAUAUAGAAUGGUAGACAGAUUAGAAAAGUGAAAGCAAAAUAAUGAGAAUUCUUGAAUAAGAUAAACUGGAGUGGACUAAUCAAAUGAGAGACUCAUUUGUUUUUCUGGACAUGUAUGAAUUACAUAAUAAAUCUAUUGCAAUCAAGAACUUAGAUGAGUUAAAGUUAUUGAAAUAAUAAUAGGAAUAACAUAUCAUCUAAUUUAAGUCAAUAAAAACUUAGAAUCUGUGCGGUAAUGGUAUGAAUUUGAUUAAGAAAUAUAUAUAUCAUGGCAUAGAUUACCAGAUAUCAAUAAAUGAGAAAUUGAUGGAUUUCGAUGAAUCCAUUAAAAUAACCAUUAACACUUUGCUCUUUGUUUUGUAUGAUGAUUUUGAGAAGUAAAUACUUAUAAUUUUAAAUAAAUUGGCAUCCAUUGAGGAUGAAUUUUAAGAACCCACCAACAUCAUAAUAAUCACUUAAUUAGAAAACCAGAGUAAUAUAAUCAACGAGUUUAUUACUUAAAGGAUUCAAAAAUUACAAAUUUAAUUUUGUCAUUUCAAUUAAGUUUGGAAUCAAAGCACUGGGUUAUCAUUUAAAUCAGAUAUUAUAGAAAAAUACUUCAAUGUUAGAAGAGAUUAUAAAACAUUUUACAUUGAUAAAUAUGGUUAUUUGAUGGCAAUUCAAUCAAACGAUGAAUUUAUCGAUGGCAUAUGGGUAAACAAUUAGAAUUAGAUCAUAGUAGAUUGGUUCAUUCAGCAAUUUGGAAUGACACAUAAGAAUGAUGAUUCGGAAUGGAAAUAAAUUAAACAAGAAUGUUGCUAAUUCAAUUAGAAAUAUGAAGAAAUUGUGAGUAGAUAUGAAAUUCCAAAAUAGAUGAUAGUAACAAUGAAAUCGAUUAAAUGCUUACUCUGGGACAGUCACAAUUAUAGUUUUUUAGAAUAUUCAAAUUGCCCAACUAUUACUCACAAUCUAAACGUAAAGUAAAUAGCAUUGUUAAAUAUUUUCAUCCCCAAUAUCAUAAAAUUAAUAAUUUGA